AACGCGAACAAUCUCAACACAGACUCGGCCUCUUCCCCCGUCAAUGUGCCCAAGAUGGAUGCGCUCAUCAUCCCGGUGACCAUGGAGGUGCCCUGCGAUAGCCGCGGACAGCGCAUGUGGUGGGCUUUCCUUGCCUCGUCCAUGGUCACUUUCUUUGGGGGACUGUUUAUCAUCCUGCUGUGGAGGACCCUCAAGUACCUGUGGACUGUCUGCUGCCACUGCGGGGUCAAAAACAAGGAGGCCCAGAAGAUCAAUGGUGGUGGAGAUACACAGGCAGAUGGGACCUGCAAACCUACAGACGAAAAAGAGGAGAAUGUGGCAGCAGAAGUGGGAUGGAUGACCUCCGUGAAGGACUGGGCAGGAGUCAUGAUAUCUGCCCAGACGUUAACUGGCAGAGUUCUUGUUGUAUUAGUCUUCGCCCUUAGUAUUGGUGCUCUUGUAAUAUACUUCAUAGAUUCGUCAAACCCAAUAGAAUCCUGCCAGAAUUUCUACAAAGAUUUCACAUUACAGAUCGACAUGGCUUUCAAUGUGUUCUUCCUACUCUACUUCGGCUUGCGUUUCAUAGCAGCCAACGACAAGCUGUGGUUUUGGCUAGAAGUUAACUCGGUAGUAGAUUUCUUCACAGUUCCUCCAGUGUUUGUGUCAGUAUAUUUAAACAGAAGUUGGCUUGGCUUAAGAUUUUUAAGAGCCCUUAGACUGAUACAGUUUUCAGAAAUUUUGCAGUUUCUGAAUAUCCUUAAAACAAGUAAUUCCAUCAAGUUAGUGAAUCUGUGCUCUAUAUUUAUCAGCACAUGGCUGACAGCAGCUGGGUUCAUACAUUUGGUGGAGAACUCAGGGGACCCAUGGGAAAAUUUCCAAAAUAACCAACCACUUACAUACUGGGAAUGUGUUUAUUUGCUGAUGGUUACUAUGUCCACUGUUGGUUAUGGAGAUGUUUAUGCAAAAACAACUCUUGGUCGCCUUUUCAUGGUCUUCUUCAUCCUUGGGGGAUUGGCCAUGUUUGCCAGCUACGUCCCUGAAAUCAUAGAGUUAAUAGGAAACCGCAAGAAAUAUGGUGGUUCCUAUAGUGCGGUUAGUGGAAGAAAGCACAUAGUUGUCUGUGGCCACAUAACACUUGAAAGCGUGUCCAACUUCCUGAAGGACUUCUUGCAUAAGGAUAGGGAUGAUGUGAACGUAGAAAUCGUCUUUCUGCAUAAUAUCUCCCCGAACCUUGAGCUGGAAGCUCUUUUUAAACGACACUUCACUCAGGUGGAAUUUUAUCAGGGUUCAGUCCUUAAUCCCCAUGACCUGGCAAGAGUAAAGAUAGAGUCAGCAGAUGCGUGCCUAAUCCUUGCCAAUAAAUACUGCGCUGACCCAGAUGCUGAAGAUGCCUCCAACAUUAUGAGAGUCAUUUCCAUAAAGAAUUAUCAUCCGAAGAUAAGAAUUAUCACUCAGAUGUUGCAGUAUCACAAUAAGGCCCAUCUGCUAAAUAUCCCAAGCUGGAAUUGGAAAGAAGGAGAUGAUGCAAUUUGUCUUGCUGAGCUCAAGCUGGGUUUCAUAGCUCAGAGCUGCUUGGCACCAGGCCUUUCAACAAUGUUAGCCAACCUCUUCUCUAUGAGGUCAUUCAUAAAGAUUGAGGAGGAUACGUGGCAGAAAUACUAUCUGGAAGGAGUUGCAAAUGAAAUGUAUACAGAAUAUCUAUCUAGUGCCUUUGUGGGUUUGUCCUUCCCUGCAGUUUGUGAACUGGUGUUUGCGAAGUUAAAGCUCUUAAUGAUAGCCAUAGAAUACAAGUCGGAAAAGCGAGAAAGCAGAAGCCGAAAGCGUAUAUUAAUCAAUCCGGGAAACCAUGUCAAGAUUCAAGAAGGUACUUUAGGAUUCUUCAUUGCAAGUGAUGCCAAAGAAGUAAAAAGGGCAUUUUUUUACUGCAAGGCUUGUCAUGAUGACAUCACAGAUCCCAAAAGGAUAAAAAAAUGUGGCUGCAAACGGCUGAUCUAUUCCAAGAUGUCCAUCUACAAGAGAAUGAAACUGGCAUGUUGUUUUGAUUGCGGACGCUCUGAGCGUGACUGCUCUUGCAUGUCAGGCAGUGUACAUAGUAACAUGGACACCCUUGAGAGAGCCUUCCCACUUUCUUCUGUCUCUGUUAAUGAUUGCUCCACCAGUUUACGUGCCUUUGAAGAUGAGCAGCCAUCGACACUAUCACCCAAAAAAAAACAGCGGAAUGGAGGCAUGCGAAAUUCACCCAACUCCUCACCCAAACUGAUGAGGCAUGACCCCUUGUUAAUUCCUGGCAAUGAGCAGAUUGACAACAUGGAUGCCAAUGUGAAAAAAUAUGACUCCACAGGGAUGUUUCAUUGGUGUCCAGCCAAGGACAUUGAAAAGGUCAUUCUGACUCGAAGUGAAGCAGCGAUGACAGUUUUAAGUGGGCAUGUAGUCGUCUGCAUAUUUGGGGAUGUUAAAUCUGCUUUAAUAGGAUUAAGAAAUUUGGUGAUGCCAUUACGAGCCAGCAACUUUCACUACCAUGAACUCAAGCACAUUGUGUUUGUGGGUUCACUUGAAUACCUGAGAAGGGAAUGGGAGACGCUGCAUAACUUCCCCAAGGUUUCAAUCUUGCCGGGUACGCCAUUAAGUCGGGCUGAUUUAAGGGCUGUCAACAUCAACCUCUGCGACAUGUGCGUUAUCCUGUCAGCCAAUCAGAAUAAUAUUGAUGAUGCUUCGCUGCAGGACAAGGAAUGCAUCUUGGCGUCACUCAACAUCAAAUCUAUGCAGUUUGAUGACAGCAUUGGGGUCUUGCAGGCUAAUUCCCAAGGCUUUACACCCCCAGGAAUGGAUAGGUCAUCGCCAGAUAACAGUCCAGUCCAUGGCCUGUUACGUCAACCCUCCAUCACAACAGGAGCCAACAUCCCUAUUAUAACAGAGCUCGCUAAGCCUGGCAAACUUCUGCCUUUGGUUUCAAUCAGUCAGGAAAAAAACAGUGGAACCCACAUUCUAAUGAUAACUGAACUGGUAAAUGAUUCAAAUGUUCAGUUCUUGGACCAAGAUGAUGAUGAUGACCCAGACACAGAACUGUAUCUCACGCAGCCCUUUGCAUGUGGAACUGCAUUUGCUGUCAGUGUGCUGGAUUCUCUCAUGAGUGCAACAUACUUCAAUGACAAUAUCCUCACACUGAUACGGACACUGGUAACAGGAGGAGCCACACCAGAGCUGGAAGCACUGAUUGCUGAGGAGAAUGCGUUGAGGGGAGGUUACAGCACGCCCCAGACACUUGCAAACAGGGACAGGUGUCGAGUUGCACAGCUGGCUUUGUAUGAUGGGCCAUUUGCGGACCUAGGGGAUGGAGGUUGUUAUGGAGAUCUAUUUUGUAAAGCACUGAAAACGUACAAUAUGCUUUGCUUUGGAAUUUAUCGAUUAAGGGAUGCACAUCUAAGUACACCCAGCCAGUGCACUAAACGUUAUGUUAUCACAAACCCACCAUAUGAAUUCGAGCUUGUGCCGACAGACUUGAUCUUCUGUUUGAUGCAGUUUGACCACAAUGCUGGCCAGUCCCGGGCCAGUCUUUCUCAUUCUUCCCAUUCCUCCUAUUCUUCCAGCAAGAAGAGUUCAUCAGUUCACUCCAUCCCAUCAACAGCAAACCGACCGAACCGCACCAAGACCAGGGAUUCCCGGGAAAAACAGAAUGCAACAAGGAUGAAUAGAAUGGGCCAAGCAGAAAAGAAAUGGUUUACAGAUGAGCCGGAGAAUGCCUAUCCCAGAAACAUUCAGAUCAAGCCCAUGAGCACUCACAUGGCCAAUCAGAUCAAUCAGUACAAAUCGACAAGCAGCUUGAUACCGCCAAUCAGAGAAGUUGAAGAUGAAUGUUGACUCCUUGGAGGCCAGAACUAUUUUUUUAAAGCCUGACAAACUUCAUGAAUGGUGAUGUGACAUUUAUUCCUCUUACAUGCUGAACCACUGGUGGAGAAGUUGCGAAGGGCAAGCGUUAUGGGAAAAUAAAGUAGACAGAUCUUUGUUUGUCUGCCUUUAAUAUUGCUUCCACGUAUUUUGGAAAUGAACACAAUCAAAACUAGUCAUGUAUAGCCUCUAGCAUUUUAAAUUAUAUUUAUUUAUUAGAAAAAAAUAUAUAUUUUUCUUUUUUUUUUCAUUGUCAAGUAUUUUCCCUUAAAAAAAGCUGUAUAUGUGGCCAGACUCCUAAGAAUUAAAAAAGAAAAAAAAAUCUGCUCAGUCUUCGGCUUAAAGGAGAAUGAUGGUCACAGUUAUAAGGACAUGUAAGUAAGGGAGACAAAUGAUAUAUUUACAAAAAUUUAAAGGUCCAAUUUGUAUUUUAGUAAAUCAAAAAAAAAAAAAAGAAGAAAAAAAGAAAACAAGAACAGUUCACCAACAUGUUUCUUUACUGAAGGAUGUGUAUUUUGUUCAGCAUUGACACCAGCUCUUAAUAAACUGAACUUAUUUAUUUUCAAAGUCAAAAGUCAUAUUUUUGUACAUGUAACAUUCUUCUGAAUUAUUCAUUGUUUUAUUACCAUAUGCAGCUCAUCUUAAUUGCUGGUUGUGUUGAGGUGCAACUCCCCUCUCCAACCCACGCACACUAGCCCCUACAAAAAGUCCAGCAUCCAUGAUGAUAACCUUCGGUGAAACUAGGGUAGUGAAAACGGGUAUAAACCGAGGGUCACGCAGACAGGGUGCUCAUAGGCAGCACUUUUUGCUAUGAAUUUCAGUGUCUGGCAAAUUCCACGCAGCUUCCCAUUAGCCACCCACAGCUGCAAAUUCCCAGAAGCUUGGGAAUUCCUCUUCUUUUGCCAUGUAUUUAAAUGCUUUAAUCCAGCAGGCAUAUAUAGCACAGGAAAACGUAAGUUAUAAACCCUAUCAUCUACCAUAUUUAGUUGGAUUCUUACUUCAAAAGCCCUGAUGGCCCUGCAUCGGUCUUUGCUUACCUGGUUCAAAUUCUUCCUGAUGCAUAGACAGCUUUAGGUCCAGAUCUGUGAGCUCUGACAAUAGCCCAUUGCUCUGCAAAAGGGACACCUAAUCACCUUUUUGGUGAGCUCAGAUCAGAAUGAAAACGUCUGGUUUAGCCUCAGCUCUAUAAUCUCCCAACAUGCUGUUGUCAGUUAAUUUCUGUAACAAGUAACACCUUAUGUUAGCAGUUGCAUUUUUUUAUUUUCACUUUCCUGGGACACCAUGCAUAAAAGUACAGUAAUAACCAAAUCAAAAUAAAAGUAAUGAAUGUAUUUAUUAUGCUAACUUACAAAGGGCCUUUGAAAAGCUGCAUGUUAUGUCAGCAGUUUCACAAAGCGGCCAACGAGCUUUACAGCCAUCAAACAAAAACGUGAUGUUUCAUACCUGUGCUGCAGUAUCUGUUCACUUAACCAGUUGAUGUUCUAAACAAUUUAGUAACUCUCUCGAUCUCCAAUUAGCAAGCUUUGACACAAUUGAGUGAAAAAAAAAAAAAAAGAGAGAGGGAAAAAGAAUGUGCUACUGAGGAUCAAAAUAACAUAGGACCCAGUCAUCAGAAAAAGCAGAUUUUCAUUGUGCAAGUUAACUUUAGGCUUUGUAAUUUUGCAGAGUUGUAAAACACCACAAUAAAAUAUACUGUGGUACUUUUAUCAUUAGAGAAAUAUCAGUGAAUCAAACAACUACAAGGCAGAUGAAUUUACUGUGAAAACAAUGAUGUCCACUAUAUAAUCCAACAUUUAAGCUAAACUAUCUCAGCUUCAAUGUUUGUCCACUGGCUGCGGUACAAAUAUAAACAUACUACCACCUAAUAGGCUUUAUUCUGGAGUGACUUCUUGGACUGUGACUACUUUGUUGUUACAUUUUGUAGAAUAGUUAUUUAAAAAAAAAAACCACAAAUUGUUAAUAUAAUGUAUGUAAAAAUUGGACUAUUUAAAAUAUUUAUUUCACUCUCCUACAAAGAAACAAAAUAAUUUAAGCAAUUAUUAUUUUUUUUUAAUACUUACAACUUGUUUAACCCAUUUCACAGUCCCUAAAACAAAAUAUGACUCUGGUGGAUUCUUCUGAUCUAUGCUACUUCAGCUAAUGACAGGUUAUAAUUUGCAUUCAGUUUCUGCAUUGGGUCAUGUUGUAUUCACUUUGAAGUCAGUGCUCCUUUUUCAUUCAUGAACUGCAAUCAUAUUAUAACCAGAGUAAAAAAAAUUGGCGCUGAGUACAAAAGAAUUUUUGAAAUUUGUGUCCAACUUCAAUGAGUACACCUGAAUUUUUUUAAAGACUUGUUUUAACAUAUGGGCAUAGAAAAGAACUUUCUUUGCUGAAACUACCAUUUACAGUGCCAUGUCUUAGCAUCCUUCCUUCAAAAGUGAGUGUUCGCUGUAUAAAGCGUAUUAAUGACACAAAUAUGUAACAGUCCUACAUUGCUAAGGUAUGUGUGUCUCUGUCCAGUUUAUCUGUCAUACCCCAAAAUACCGUGCUGCCAACUGUACACAAGUGAAGAACAAGAUCUGAAUACACUCACUCUCUCACAAGACAAAUAGAUCUAUGUAUAUAAAAAGAUAGAUACAGAGAGAGAGUGAGAGAGAAACCCUGGUAUAGCUAUGUUUUGCAUUAUCCAUUUGUAGAACUAGCUAGCAGCAAUUAAUAAUCUUUUCUUACUCCUCCUUUCCAUGAUCAAAGAGUGCAGUGACUCAGGACUGGGUGCUGGCCAUUAGAUGGUGGACAUAGAAAACCUAGUGGAGAUCUUUGACCUUCGGCCAAGGAACAGUACAAUAAGGUCAGCACCAAUGUUUGGAUGUAUUUUGUUACAUCAAGGCAAGUGGCUGGGAAAGCGGCUGAAGUGAGAGCUGAAAGAAGACAUUUUCUCUUUUUUUAAACGAUUCUUACCUCUCUCCCCAAAGAAAGCAAAACAGAAUUCCAGGUUCUCGUGAACUGCAUGUGCAAUUAAUUCGGGUGUAACUAUUUCUUUUGUAACUCACAAAUUAGCUGGUGUGCGUUUGCUUAUAUGCACGCACGCACGCACACACACACACACACACACACAUAUAUAUAUUUAUGUAUGUGUGUGUAUAUAUAUAUUUGCUAGCAAUCAGAAUCACAUUAACAAUAUGGUCUUUUUUUUUUGUGGAGGAGAGAGGAUACAAAGACAGAAAUAAAUAUAUUACUUAUAGACUGGUGCAUGGAGGACUCAUAUCCACUGUUCUCUCCUAAUUUGACCAAGAAUUAGCCGUUCUUUUUAGCUGCAUUAGUUCUGUACGGACAUUGUGCUGUGGAAACCUAUGUCCGCGUCUCAUGUGCAUACCCUCAGCCCCACUGCACAUGCACGCACAGCCAUUGAAAGCCUGCUAUUCAGAAACUGACUGCAAUUUGGCAGCUACAAAAAUAAUAGUAAGGCCUCUAUGGAACCUGCUGUUGUUUGGAAGAUAAUAAUUAGACAAUAUAUUUAUUCAUAGGAAAAAAAAAAAGCAAAUAUUUCCUUUUGCAGUUCAAAUACUUCCUAAAAAUGUCACCUGUGUUCUAGCAGCUCUCGUUCUCUGAAGUCAAGAUCUGAAAGUACUGGCCCUGGCCCUGGGGCAUGGUCAUUCCCACAGUGCUAUGGGAUUAGGGACGAGGUGGUUAUUCCAGCCGUGUGCAACGUGCCCCUGCCAGCCCCAAGGGCAAGUGUGCAGGGGGCAGAGCGAGAGGGAGGGACAGCAGCAGCCGGGUCACCUCGUGGCCACAUCCUGGCUGGCUUUGAUGGGAAACACUGUGCUGCCUGUACAAGGUGAAGGCCAUGAGAUCCAAAAUAAUGAGGACCCCAUGUGGCCUUAUUAAGGCACCCGGGUGUCUUGAUGGCUCAUCAAUUGCUUGCAGGCUGUCGGAGCAGCUGUAACUGUAAAGGAAGCUAGGUUUAGCCACACUAAAGAUGGUGGGGUUUUUUUCCUAUUUUUCAUUUAAAAAAAAAAAAAGUAGCCCAAUCAUUCACUGUGUGCACGUGAAAAGACAUAAUUACCCUUAAUCAUAUCAGGAGAAGGGAAAAACUAGUUGUCAUGUAACGCACAAAGAGAGACCCUACAAAAGUAUUAGCUGUAAUCUAUUAUUAUAGGUUUUUUGGAUGGAUAUUUGGCCCAUGUAUGGAGGGUUUGCAUCUUCUGAAGUCUUUACAGAGUAAGAGAAGGAUGGUAAAGUGUAAUAGUGUGUUCUCAUUCACAGAGGGCUAUUUCUGUUGGUUUAGUAUAUUUUUUUAAUGCAUAAACUACAUUGAACAAACAGUGCAAUAAUUGGAUGCAUAAACUAAUGCAUGACAAGAGCAAUAAUUUACACAUGGGUAAUUAUGCAUGUUUUCACUGCCUGUUCACUCACCACCUAACCUAUAGACAUGCUAGCAACUUCACUGUUAAAGCUGACUCGCAUGGUCUCGAGGUUAAAGAGCAAAGCUGGGCUUAACUGUUCUCUUCAGGAAGCAUGUUUGUAAUGGCUCUUGAAUGUCAAUGUAUUUCAAAAUGAAUACAUAUUCAGGUUUAGGGCUUUUUUUGUUUUUAGAACUAUCAUCAUUGUCUAUUUUCCUAGCACCAAAAGAAGUGCAUGGUCCACUUUUCAUUUCUAGUUUUAAAUGUGCAUAAAUAAAAUAACUAAGUGCGUGGAAAGGGGAGAGAAGAGGAUAAAGUGAAACUGUGGUGUAAUGGAUUGGCAUGGGAAUAUUUGUCAAAGUCAAUGGCAGCUGUGUGGAAAAACAUUCAGGGCAAUGGAGAGUUCUUUAUAUGGCUUUUUUUCCCUCUCCCCAACACCUAAACCACCUUUCUCCCAACAAUUUGAACAUACUUCUUUUUUUUAAAGGAUGUAUUAACAUCUCCAGGCUUAGCAGAUUUUUUUUCUUUGAUCAUUAUAUACACACACACCUCUUUUAUAGGUCUUCUAAUAUUUAGUUAGCAGGCAUAAUAAUUGUAGUAUUUUUAUACUGAAAAAUAUUAGUAGGAGUGGGUACAGGCUCAGUCUGAAAUAAAGGAAGGACUGGAGUAGCUGUACAGCUGCGGCUACCUCCUCUGAUGGUGCAUAGACCUAUAAUAUUGAUAAUUCUGCCCCAGUAUUUAGCAUCACAGCUAUAUUUAUAAAACUAGUAUAUCUAUCCUGCAUAGAUAUUCUCUGCCAUAGAACAUGCCGCCACAUUGAAACUAUAUAGUCUAUAAUGUGCACUGGUCUAUAUAACCAAUUAAAUUCCACUGAUUCAAUAGAUAGGGCUGCUGGUCUAACAUGUCUGUUCUAUAUAAUGGUGCACUGCUGUUUACUGUCAUAAUGAGAAGGAGUAGGGGGAAGGAAAACAAUACUUUUUUAUUACUUUGGUUCUAAUUAACAACAAUAUUUAACUUCAGAAUCUAAACACAGCAAUGCUGCAUCGAAUUCACACCUCAGUGAGGUUGAAAGAAAGCUUCUCACUGCUUCAGUCGACAUAUUUUAGAGACCUUUAUAUAUUUGGAAAAAAAAAAGCGUAUAGGCAGUUGAA